GCCAUUGAGGAGCUUAAAGCCGGAAGGUGGUGACUAAUCAGAUUUUACUUGAAAAUGGCACGGUGUCUGCAGCGAGGCCAACUGAUGGGAAGGGCCCAGCGAAUGCCAAUAGGAGAGAGCACCGGACCUGGAAGGCCUGGGUCAACGCGGCCCCGCGCGGGGGCGAAGCGGUUCCGGCGCAGGGGCCUGGCGCGCUGCUCCGCGGAAAACCGAACCGGCCCACGUGGGACCGGCCGCUCCGCCCAGCCGCGCAGACGCCGCCUGACUCCGCAGUCCGGGCCUGGGGCUGGGCGCGCUGCCCGGGAGCCCUGCACCCACGCCUGGACCGCGGAGACGCCCAGGCCGAGGAACCCCCAGCCCAGGGACUAGACACCACCGGGGCCGGGUGGAGCCAGAGCCAGACGCGCCGGAGCGGGCGCCUCUAGGCCACUAGAUGUUCGCCAUCCAGCCAGGGCUAGCUGAGGGGGGCCAAUUCCUGGGGGACCCGCCUCCUGGAGUAUGUCAGCACGAGCUCCAACCAGACAGCAACUCCAACUUCAUGGCAAGUGCCAAGGAUGCUAAUGAGAAUUGGCAUGGGAUGCCAGGCAGAGUGGAACCUAUCCUGAGGAGGAGCUCCUCUGAGUCACCCUCUGGCAACCAAGCCUUCCAGUCCCCUGGAUCCCCUGAGGAAGGGGUGCGCAGCCCCCCAGAGGGGGCAGAGAUUCCCGGGGCUGAGCCUGAGAAGAUGGGUGGUGCUGGCACAGUCUGCUCCCCUCUGGAGGACAAUGGCUAUGCCAGCAGUUCCCUGAGCAUCGAUAGCCGUAGCAGCAGUCCUGAGCCUGCCUGUGGGACCCCGAGAGGCCCUGGCCCUCCCGAUCCCCUUCUGCCCUCAGUGGCCCAGGCUGUGCAGCACUUACAAGCCCAGGAGCGCUACAAAGAGCAGGAGAAGGAAAAGCACCACGUGCACUUGGUGAUGUACCGUCGCCUGGCACUGCUCCAGUGGAUCCGGGGCCUGCAGCAUCAGUUGAUUGACCAGCAGGCCCGACUGCAGGAGAGCUUCGACACCAUCCUAGACAACCGGAAGGAGCUUAUUCGCUGUCUCCAGCAGAGGGCAGCACCAUCCAGGCCCCAGGACCAGGGCUAAGGGUGUGCCCCCACAAGUGUGCAAGGGUAUAUGUAUAUAUUUGCAGGCAUGUGUGAGGUGCACUAGUAAGUACAUAAUUUGCUGGCAUGAUUGCAGGUAGGCAUGAGUGUGUAUGUGCUAACAUGUAGGCUGGUGUGUGUAGGCAUGUGUGAAUACGCAUGUAUAAAUGAGCUUAAGUGUGCUGUGUGCACAUGUGUACACACAGCUAAUUUAUCUGCAGACCUAUAUGUGAGCAUGUAAGAGUGAACAUAUGUGUGUAUGUGUAGUAUGUAAGAAUGAGGAACUCUGUGUGUGCAUGUGUAGACAGGUACCCAGCAGUGUGUGUAUAUGCGCAUGAGUGAGGAUGUAUAUGCAGAAGAUGUGUGUGUCUAUGAGUGAGUUUGAGUGUGCAGGUUUGUGUUAGGUGUAUGUGAGGGAGCCCUUGUGUGUGCAGGGGUGCACAUGUUUGGCCGCAGGCAUGGGAGGUGUAUGUUAGGAGCAUGUGUGUUUGCAGGCAGACUCAUGAGCAGGUAUGUGCAAAUAUAUAUCCAGCUGCACUGUGGGGUGUCCACCCACACCUUGUGUUCCUCAUGGCUUACCCCAGCCUUUCUUCUCCACUGGGUCCCACUGUUCCCUGGAGACAGAGGGCUAGCAUGCUGUCAUUUAUCUGAGGGUUGUGGCUGACCUAUUCUCCUGGGAUUUCCCAAGCCAUCUCUCCUUUCCCUUUCCCUCACUUAACCCAGACUUGCUUAGCUGAGGCUAUUGUCCCUGAUGUUGGCUUUGCUUGUAGGAGGUUUAGUGGCUGCUCUGGACUGCCAUGGAAUUUUGGCUGCAAUUUUGGCAGUGGGUGGAGAACUGGUAUCAGGAAGGGGAACCGGGAGUAGUGAUGAAGAUGAUGGUGGGGGUGGGGACAGAGGACAUAGGGGACUGUCCCUCUUGAACUCUGCCUUUGGGCACAUGGGAGAUGGGGACAGGAGAGAUGAUAACAGUGGAACCCUGUGAAGAAUAGGAGAAUGGGAAUUCUAAAAUACCAGUUCCCAAACAAACCAUCUCCCCAUUGGAAAAGGAGCUGUUGCAAACCCUGUUCAUUUAAGCUUCUGAUGAAAAGCAAUAUAUGUUUAUAAGCUUGCAAGUAUCAGACAAGAUGUUCCAAGGCUGAUGAGGAAAAUAUUGCUUCCCUGUCUCUGCCUCUACCUUGCUGUGCCUAUCUGGCUUUAGCAGCAUUGGAUGUUGAAUUGGUUUGGUUCAUUUCUCUGAAGUCGGACUGUCAGGAGGAGCCAGAGGUUGGCUUUCUGGGAUGGGAAGGGGAUAGUGUCAGCCUAAGCCUCUGAAAAUGCUUAGGAUGCUGAAUUUUAACCCCUUCUUUCACUGCAUGGCCCUUCAAACAGGGAUUGGCAGGCUCCGUGAGUUACAGAGUAGGUGAGUCUUGGAGAGAACCAACGACUAAGGUAGCUUAGCUCUCUGCUUUGUUCCUGGGAGCCAAGAGAAUGCAAGAUCCUGGUGGGUAAACAGUGGUGUGAAGAGGGGACACUGGUUGGUGAACAGUGGCAUGGAAGUCACUGAUGCAGCCUCUGGCCCUCAGUCUCCCUAUUGGCAAAGUGGGGGGCUCUUCCUGUCUAUCUCUAAAGAGUUUCAUCCCUGACAGGUGGAUGGGUGAAAGAUCCAGGGAGUGGGGGUGAGGGGUGGGCCCUGAAGACUUUUUGUCUGUAGCUCUUGCAUAUUGAGUGUGUAAACCCGGCCUCUGGACCAACCCAAGAUGAAUAAACUGGGGCAGAGAAUUACA